UUAGACAACGACGACGUCUUCUGUUAUUUUUCUUACCUCGGUAAUCGCAAACCUUAAUCCAUGUGCGGCAGAUCGUUUUUUCUUCUUCUUUUCUGCACAUAUAUUACUUCAGAAGCAAAACAAUUUCAAUUCAAUCCAAUCCAGUCGAACUAUAUGCAAGUUCAUAAGGAGACCCACUAAGCUUACACGAACUAAGCUUACACGAAUUUUCCCGCAUGGAUCCUCCCGAAAUCGUCGAUAUUGCCCGCAAAUUUGCCGUCAUGGUCAGAAUUCAAGGCCCUGAUCCAAAGGCUCUCAAGAUGCGAAAGCAUGCCUUCCACAAUUAUCACUUUGGCAAAACAACACUUUCAGCUUCUGGAAUGCUACUGCCUUGUUCUAUUAAUAAUGCUCCAUUACUUAGGCAACUUGGCGGCGCAAUCGAUACACAGUCCUUACCUGGUUAUGGGUUGGUGUUGACUGUUGCAUCUGUUAUUGAGCCGUUUCUAUCACAAGAACACAGAGAGAACGUAUCUCAGGCCAAACCCGAAUUGAUCCCUGGUGUUCAGAUUGAUAUAAUGGUAGAGGCAAAGAAAGGGGUGGAUGAUGUUAUUGAAGUGUCAGACAAGGGAGCUCCUCAUUGGUUACCCACAGAGCUUUUAACAUUGGUCGAUAUUCCUGUAUCAUCUAUUGCUGUUCAAUCACUUAUUGAAGCUUCUUCUGGUUCACUGGAGCAUGGUUGGGAAGUUGGUUGGUCCUUAGCUUCAUACAGUAAUGGUCCUCAAGCUGUUAUAGAUGCUAUUCAGACACAGAGACAGAGGCAAAAGGUUGGGGGAGAGUUGAUCAACCCAAGUCUUAUGGGGAAGUCAACUGCUAGAAUUGCCCUUCUUGGAGUUUCCUCAACACUUUCUGAGGAUCUGCCAAACUUAAAUACAUCAUCCUUGAAUAGGAGGGGAGAUCUUCUUCUGACAAUAGGUUCUCCUUUUGGUGUCUUAUCUCCUGUGCACUUCUUUAACAGUUUAUCGAUGGGAUCCAUUGCCAACUGCUACCCACCUAGUUCCACUAAUAGAUCACUGUUGACGGCUGACAUUAGAUGUCUUCCUGGAAUGGAAGGUAGUCCAGUUUUUGGGGAAUAUGCACAACUUAUUGGUAUCCUGACGAGACCGCUGAGGCAAAGAACUAGUGGUGCUGAAAUUCAGCUGGUGAUUCCAUGGGAAGCCAUUGCAUCUGCCUGCAGUGACUUGCUGCAGGAGGAGCCUCACAAUGCAAGGAAAGGAAUCCGUGAUGACAAGGGAAAAUUGAAUGCUGUAGGAAAGACAGGCCAUUGCAACGGCUUUAACUUAGACGGGUCCUUCAAUCAUACUCAUGGCCAUCCUAAUUCUGGUUGUCGUCCACUAUCAUUUAUUGAGAAGUCCAUGUCUUCUAUAUGUCUUAUUGCCAUCGACGACGGAGCAUGGGCAUCUGGUGUUUUGCUCAACAACCAAGGCUUGAUUCUUACAAAUGCUCACCUUCUGGAACCAUGGAGGUUUAGGAAGGCAGCUGGAAAUGGUGAAAGAAAUGAAAACAAAUCAGAGGUUGUUUCCUUCUGGUCCAAUGAAUCCGUACCUCCAGGGCACGAAAACUUUGGUGGCCAGCAUAGAAAUCAGGAUUUGCGGCGAACAGUACUGAAGGCCGCAGAAUUCUCUGUGAGAAAUGAGCAUGGGAAAUACAAAUUCAAUUCAAGCAACAUAAGCCACAAAAGCAUACGUGUUCGUUUGGAUCAUACGAACCCUUGGAUAUGGUGCGAUGCUAGGGUUGUAUAUGUUUCAAAAGGCCCUUUGGAUAUUGCGCUACUACAGCUUGAGUUUGUUCCAGAUCAACUUUGUCCCAUUAUUAUGGACUUCAGAUGCCCUUCCCCCGGAUCAAAGGCAUAUGUCAUUGGGCAUGGACUAUUUGGACCACGAUGUGACUUGCUCCCAUCUGCUUGUCAUGGUGUAGUAGCGAAAGUAGUUAAAGCAAAGAGGCUUCUACACUAUCAAUCCAGUCAACAAGUGAAUGUUCAAGAAUAUUUUCCAGCAAUUAUUGAAACAACAGCCGCUGUCCAUCCUGGUGGCAGUGGUGGGGCUGUCAUCAAUUCAGAUGGUCAUAUGAUUGGUCUUGUCACAAGCAAUGCGAGGCAUGGUGGAGGGACGGUUAUACCAAAUUUGAACUUCAGCAUUUCCUGUGCAGCGCUGAAGCCUGUAUUCAAGUUCUCAAGAGACAUGCAGUGUCUAUCACUCCUAGAAGAUCUUGACAAACCAGAUGAACAUCUUUCAUCUGUAUGGGAACUGGUUCCACCAUUAGCUUCCAAGCCAGGCCCGUCUUUGCCCUUGUUACUACCGGGAGGAGACGAUGAUAAAGAUAUGAAGGGUUCUCGAUUUGCUAAAUUUAUCGCUGAAAGGCACGAGUUGUUUAAGAAGGAAACUCAUCUUAGCAGCAAGGUGGAAAGCCUUUCUACCAAGUUCAUUCCCAGUAAGUUGUGAUCAUCUAUCGACUUCGACUCAUUCCCGGGCAAAAGGAGAAAGAGCAUCAAUGGCAACUGUAAUCAAAUUUUGAGUCCUGCAAACAUAGCAGCAACACCAGCAAUUGGGAUUGUGUUUCAACCCCAUUUUUGGUCUGCCUGAGCUGGUCUCAGUCAGAGGAGAUGAAUAGUGAAGGAAGAGUUAGUAUCCAUGGGACUGAACUGAAAUUUGUGAGCUUGUACAAUUUGAACAAUGUGUGACAUUUGAAACACGUACACCUAAUACACACGCUUGUAUGGCCACUGUUAAUGGUCACUGCCUUGUUAUACUGUAGAUGUUGUGCUCAAAUUAAUACAUACAAAGAAUAUGUAAUAUGCCAAUCAAGAUAUAAG